AUCAAGAAACCUCCCCAAAAUGAGAGGUCCCAACAGUAAAUUAAUGGAGAGCAGGCCAUCAGUAUUAGCAAAAUUUCUCCCCAGUGGUUCUGGACAAGAGCUAGGAAACACCAGCAGCUCUGAAGGGGAAAAGGAUUCUCCGCCACCAGAAUGGGACUCUGUGCCUCUUCACAAAGCUGGCAGCUCCACAGACAAUCUUUAUAAACUCUCUCUGCAAACCCUGAACGCAGAUGCUUUCCUGAAGCAGCGACAGCCCUCCCCAACACCCGCCUCUCCAUCUCCUCCUCCUCCUCCUGCAUCCUUUGCCUUUGGGCCACGAGGAGGCACCUACAGCAGCAUUGUGAACAGCAGCUGCAGCCAUGAAAUGAAAAGCAAGCAGCCUAAUGGUACCAAACAUAAGCUGGCAAAGGCAGCUUCUCUUCCAGGCAGGAAUGGUAACCCCACUUUUGCUGCUGUAGCUGCAGGUUAUGACAAGAGCCCAGGUGGCAGUGGUUUACCAAAGGUUUCUCCAAGCAAGACAGAUGUUGCCAGCAAUAUAACCAUUUCCCACACAGUCAUUGACAGUGAUGGCUCUGACAGUUCUGGUUUGUGGAGUCCUGACACCAACCCCAGCAGCCCUGACUUCACGCCUCUCAACUCAUUUUCUGCAUUUAGCCAUUCUUUUAACUUAACUGGAGAGGUUUUUAGCAAGCUUGGUUUAGCCCGAUCUGCUUAUGGGCAGGAUGUUCAGAGAAACUGGAGUGAAUUCAGUAAUGUUCCAUCAUCCAUCUGGGAUCCUUCAGCUACAGAUUCUGUACCCUCCUGGCCAACAAGCUCAAGUUCCCCAACUCAUACAACUGCAUCGAUCCUAGGCAACCCAAGUGGCCUGUGGUCCACUACUCCAUUCAGCAGUUCCAUUUGGUCAAGUAACCUCAACAGCAGCCUUCCCUUCACCACUCCAACAACCGCCCUGUCAGGCAUUGAUCUCAUGGGUAGUGAAAACUCCUCUGCUGCUCCUCCUCCACCUACUGCUGCCACCGUUGCCAACCCUGCUGAAGACAUGGGACAGACCUACAACCCUUGGAGAAUUUGGAGCCCAACAAUUGGAAGAAGAAGUUCAGAUCCUUGGUCUAAUUCACACUAUCCUCACGAAAACUGAGGUUAAGCAAAAGGAAAGAACUCUUAUCCAGGUCAUGAUACAAUUCUGAAUGCAAAUUUUUGAAACAUCAUUUGCGGGCUGUUGCUGGUCAUUGCAAAAACCUGCCCCCCCCACCCCCCAGUCCCGCUUUCAUCACUUGCUCCUUUUUAAAGUCUGUCCUGCAAUAUGGUAGCGUGAGAUUGCGGAUAAGCUUGAAAAAGUCUGGGUGUGGCCACAAAUCCCAACUGCAGCCGAAGCUGUAAAUCCCAACAAUUUCCCUGGUUUCAUGUUUUACCAUCUGCCAUCUUUCUCUAGGAAAUAAUCUGAACUCUAAAGCAGUCCUGGCAUGCAAUACUUUUCUGAAAAGUACAGGUUUGGGUUUUUAAAUUUUUUCCAGUAUUAUCCUCCAAGUUCUAACUUAAAAUCAGAAGGCACUUUGUGCUAAAAUGCAGAGUAUUUUUUUAAAAUAAGGCUGUCUUUGUUAACACAGGUUCUAAGAAUGUAAAAAAAAAAAAAGAGAAAAAAAAAAUCAAGAAAAACAACAGCAAAACCAACAUACAACCUUAAGAGCAAAAUGGCUGAAUGUAAGCGCAUUCUGUUGAGACUGUAACACACUUUCUGUGCUGUUUGUACAUUUGUAAACCUGAAUGCAUUUUUAAGUUGAACUGAAAUGCACACAGCCAAGACUUGUGGAAGAAACAAGAUACCUUGUGCAUUUCUUACGGAUACAACUUUGGGUUGUACUUUAAAAUAAAUACUGCUUUUUUCAA